AUGAUUCUGAAACUUUGUGGGCGUAAGCUUGCUAGGUUGUUCGACGGUCCUGAACUUCCUACCUCGCAUGCGGAGCUCAACGUUUACCCGGUGUACUCGAAGACAGGGCGCCGUUAUAUCGCUAAGGUAUCUCCUGGUGGUGGCCUCGAAACAUCGCUGCUUCUCCAGGCGAAAAAAUUACGGGAAAAUGGAACUCUGGAAGACGCAUGUCUACCAAUUCUCGUCCAUCACUGUUAUCAUCACAUGUCAAGUACCAAUUUGCUGGUGAUGGAGUACUGCGAGCACGGCACACUUGAGAAGCUUAUCGUUGCAAAUGGCACUGUACCAAUGCAUCGACAGCACAUAGCCAAAAUUCUACGUGGAGUCGCUACUGCCCUCUUUUUCCUACAUUCGUAACA